AAAGUCCAAACAAAAGACUAUCCGAACCGCAAAUAUCAUAUAAUUUCCAGCAGUUAUGUCACCAAGUACCACCGAUGACAAUAAGCAACUCCAUGUUGCGAUGUUCCCAUGGCUUGCUUUUGGUCAUAUCAUUCCAUUUUUUCAACUUUCUAAAGCUAUAGCUCAAAAGGGUCACAAAGUUUCCUUUCUUUCGACUACAAGAAAUAUCGAACGUCUCCCUACACUCCCUUCUGAUCUCGAACCGCUUAUAAAUUUAGUUCGACUCACGCUUCCACAUGUUCAAGAGCUGCCGCAUAAUGCAGAAGCCACUAUGGAUGUCCGUACGGAUGAUAUUCAUUACCUCAAGACGGCCUUUGAUGGUCUUCAACCGCAAAUCACUCAGUUUCUUGAGAAAGAGUCUCCUGAUUGGAUUAUAUAUGAUUUUGCUCCUUAUUGGUUGCCUGAUAUCGCAGCUGGCCUUGGCAUCUCACGGGCUUUCUUCUCUAUAGUAAACGCUUGGUUCAUGGCAUUUCUUGGACCAUUGCCCAAGGACGUGAUAAAUCGUUCGGAUGAUCAAAAAAGUGUUGAAGAUUUCUUGACGCCACCUUCGUGGAUACCCUUUCCUAACAACUUAUGUUACCGAAAACAUGAAUCUAAGUGGAUGGUGGGCAGUGGACUGAUUAAUGCUUCUGGGGUUACAGAUAUAUAUCGUUCGCAAAUGGUUAUAAAGGGUUCUGAGUGUGUGUUUAUUAGAUAUUGUUAUGAAUUCGAACCCCAAUGGCUAACCCUUUCAGAAGAGCUAACCCACACACCCAUGGUUCCCGUGGGGUUAAUGCCACCAGAGACGGCAACCAACGUUGGAGAAGAGAAAAGUGACACAUGGAUGACCGUCAAGACGUGGCUUGAUGGUCAACCGAAAGGUCAAGUAGUAUAUGUGGCGUUAGGGAGUGAAGUUAUGGUGGGUAAAAGAGAGAUAGGUGAGUUAGCUUUGGGUCUAGAGCUUUCUGGGUUGCCAUUUUUUUGGGCUCUUAGAAAACCUGCUGGUUCCACUGAGUCUGACUCAUUAGAACUUCCAGACGGGUUCUUUGCAAGAACCCGUGAUCGUGGGAUGGUAAUGAUGAGUUGGGUACCUCAGCUACAAAUACUUAGCCAUGAGUCGGUUGGUGGGUUCCUGACUCAUUGUGGUUGGGGGUCAAUUGUGGAAGGGCUAAUGUUUGGACACCCUUUGAUAAUGUUACCAUUUUUGGUGGACCAAGGUCUAAAUGCUCGAGUGUUGGUGGAGAAAAAAGUCGGAAUUGAGGUGCCACGAAAUGAUGAAGAUGGCUCGUUCACUAGGGAUUCGGUGGCUAGAUCACUCACAUCUGUUAUUGUUGAUGAUGAAGGGAAGAUCUACAAGGCAAAUGCUAUGGCUUGGAGUCGAAUAUUUGGUGACAAGAAACUACACGAAAAGUAUGUAGACAACUUUAUAAAGUAUUUGGAAAGUCAAAGGUGUGUUGCGGGUACUGACCACCGAGUGUGAAUUUAUGUAUUUUGGUAUUGUGUUAUCAACCAUGUAAUAAUGUAUUAUGUUUUGCAUA